UCAUCUCCUAAAUCACCUCCUGAUUCAUCUCCUUCCUCAGUAUUGGCAAAACUUUGGAAUGUGGAGGAAAAAGAAGUGCCUAAAUUAUUUGCUAGAGAGGAAACUUUAAUUAAGGGAAACCUUCAAUUAAUUCCAUUACUUGAUGAGUCAAUUUAUGGCGGAUCUUAUAUAAAUUUAAAAGCAAAUAAAAUAAUUAUCAAUACAAUAGACCCAUCAAAGAAAGGAAUCAUAACAAAUAAUAAAACAAUAAAACCUUAUCUAAAUUUCUUGUCAUUUGUACAAGUUAACAAUUCUUUAGCUAAAUUGAAUAACACUUAUGAAAAAUUAAUUAGAUUAGCAAGACAUUACAAAGUAAAAGACGUUAUGAUAAGUAACGAAUACAAAAAAAAUAAUAUAGUCAUAUAUUUAAAUAAUACUGAUGAUAAAGCAAACAAAGCAUUUAUCAACAGUGCCAAAAAACUUGACCCAAUUCCGAUCAUAGCCUACAAUAAGAAAAUCAAAAAAAGAAGCCUACAUAAUUCAUCAUCCUUAAAAUCUCGUCAAAUUACCAUUCCACUCUUAGGCGGAAGUCACAUAGGUCACCCUCAUGCCGAAUGUACUGUAGGUUUCUGGGUGCAUUUUAGAGGAACAUAUUACAUAACGACUUGCGGGCACUGUAUAACCAACGGUAUUACGAAUGCUGAAGGGCAAUAUAUUUUUGAUUAUAAAGGUAUAAAUCCACCUGAAUAUAUUGGGCCAAUGACUAUGUACGAUCUCUCGGGAGUUGAUAGAGGAUUCAUUUAUCCAGAUAAUCCUAAAUUUGUCAAAAGUCCAUAUAUAAAAAAUCCAGAAUUUCGAGUGCAACCAGAAUUAGCGAUUGCCGAUACUACACCUAUAGCAGGUAAUUCUAUUAUUGGAGCUACAGUAUGUACUAUAGGUGCUUUAAGUAAUUUAAGAUGUGGUAAUGUAAAAACUGGAGAUAUGACAGAGUUUGUAAGAGAGCAUGAAAUUGAGAAUAUGAUUGUAACGACCCGGAUGACACAACAUGGUGAUAGCGGUGCACCUGUGUUUAGAUUUAUCGAACUGUUUUCUUUAUCAGCCCCACUAAAGGUUCAUCUUAUCGGAAUGCAUAAUGCUGAAGGUUUUAUGGCUGAAAGUGAAGACAGUCCAGAAGUAAUCCCUAUAUCUACACAUAUGCCACUAUAUAAAAUUUUAAAAAAUGAUAUGUCUGUUUUUACAAUUUACGAUGCCGAUCCACAAUAA